GCGCGUCCCGACCGCACCGCGCCACGCCGCCUCCGCCGCCGCCCGCGCGAUCAUAAACAAACCGCGAUGUGCCAAACGUGCCCAGUGCCAGUGUUGUGACUCGUUACCUCGCCACACCUGUACAAACACGCAGCUCAAACACCACGGAUCACGUCCAGUGUACGCAAAUACGGCUUGGAAAACAAAGGAUAUACUCGCCUAGGUGCCGGGGACAGGUGGAAUCGUGACAUUCUUGUUCUUUGCUGCUAUUCAAAUUGGACUAAUUGUGCCGUAUCCAGAUUCGCCUGCGAGCUGUGGACAUAGUGAAAUAUGAAGCGGUGGGUGCGUGAGAGGCGGGGCGACUAGAGAUGCGCUCCAAGCAGCAGCCCAGGCCGUCGUACCGCUGGCUCAACACCAACGAUACAGAGGAAGCCACCAGCCCCGAGAGCGGCGUGAAGUCCGGCGAGCGGCGAGCGCGGGGCGAGGAGGGGGACAGCCCCCCGUCCCCCGCGUCGCCCCCCUCCCGCGCCUCCCCCGCGCCCGACGACAGGGACAUCGAGCACAGCAUACCGGCCACGCUCAUACAGGACCCCAAUGCCGAGAGGGAGAGUCCUAGAUGUUUGUCACGCGAGUCGUCGGGCCCCCCGCGAUGUCCGUCAAACGACUCCGUGUACUCUGGGCGCAGCGCACCCAGCCUGCCGCUGCCCGCGGCGCUGCAGGCCGCCCUGCCCGCCGCGCUGCCCGCGGCGCUGCUCCCCCCGCACUCCGCCGCCGUGGCCGCCUACCUCGGCGCCGCCGCCGCCGCGGCCCAGCAGCGCCUGCUCAUGUCCUGCCAGGAGGACCUGACCGACGCCGAGCGCGCCGACGCGGUCCUCGACUUUAGUACGAAACGGAGCGAGUCGCCGACCGAGGACGACGACGGCGACGACGUCGUGAACCUCGCCAAGAACGAGAACGGCCCGCUCGACUUGUCGGUCGGCACCAGGAAGAGGGGCCCGGAGGACUCCCCAUCGCCGGUCCCCACGAGGAAGAGCUCCCGGUCGGCCGAGUACAAGGCCCUGGCAUCGCCGUGGACGACCCCCGUGGCGCCCCAUCUCCCGUUCUUCGCCGCCGCUGUCGCCAGUCUAUCGCCGAAGGGCGGGGUUCCGCCCGACUGGAACGGAAAACUCAAGCACGGGGCGCCCACGCCCAGUGAUGCCACUAAAGCCCUAGAGAAAAUGAGCGAGCUCAGCAGGUUAGGGGGGGAGGAGCUGUUCAGAUCGGUUCAGAGCGCGGCCCUCGGGGCGGGGCUGACCCCCAACGCCGCCGCGCGCCACUCGGCGUGGCAGUCCCACUGGCUGAACAAGGGUGCGGACCAAACUAAGGACGUUUUGAAAUGCGUUUGGUGCAAGAAAAGUUUUAAUUCGCUGGCUGAUCUGACGGUCCAUAUGAAGGAGGCGAAGCACUGUAGCGUGAACGUGCCGGUGCCGCCUUCGUCCGUGGCCCCCGUGCCGUCGUCGCUCCAGCCGCCGUCGAGCUCGCCGUCGACGCCGUCUCACAAUUCGUCGUCGUCGGGUGCCUCGUCUCAUAAGAAUAAUCAUAGCGACUUAAAUAUGCUCAUCAAAGAGAAUAUGCCUAUUCCUAGAAAAUUAGUUCGCGGCCAGGACGUCUGGUUAGGUAAGGGCGCCGAGCAGACUCGGCAAAUUUUAAAAUGUAUGUGGUGCGCCGAAAGUUUCCGCUCCCUGGCGGAGAUGACCAGCCACAUGCAGCGCACCCAGCACUAUACGAAUAUCAUAUCGCAGGAGCAAAUAAUUUCGUGGAAAUCGUCCGACGAGGGCAAGAGCUCGUCUAGCGCCCCGGGCGCCAACGCCGCCGCUCCCCCGGCCACCGGCACCAGCAGCCACGUCAGCGCCGUAUUGACUUGCAAAGUUUGCGACCAAGCCUUCAGUUCGCUCAAGGAGCUCAGCAAUCAUAUGGUUAAAAAUUCUCACUACAAGGAGCAUAUUAUGCGCUCCAUUACCGAAAGCGGGGGGAGGCGGAGACAGACGCGAGAAAAAAGAAAGAAAUCCUUGCCGGUUAGAAAACUACUAGAAUUGGAGCGAGCUCAGCACGAGUUCAAAAACGGGGAGGGCAACGGGGUUCCGAUGGGUAAACCGAUGAGAGAUUUCGGCUCCGGGAGCAGGAUUACUUGCGAAAAAUGUGGUGAUAAAAUCGAGACUGCCGUGUUCGUCGAACACAUCCGACAGUGUAUAGGCGCUCCUAUGUCGAACAGCCAAAGGAAUUUUCUAAAGAGCGCCCUACUCUCCAAUAACGUCAUCCCCCCCGACGUGCCCGGUCACGUCACCCCCACCGGUCGCGACGGUCGCAAGAGCAUCAACGACGAAAUUCCGUCGCCCGGCUCGGUCCACCAUCGGUCCCCCUCGUCGGUCAACGACGCGUCUCCCAGUUCCAAAGACCCCAACGCUAGCAAUGAAAAGAGCUCGUCCCCAUCCGUUCUCAACGCUAUAGAGCAACUAAUCGAGAAGAGUUUCGACACGCGCUCGCGGCACUCCGUCCCCGGGAUGCCGGGCGGCGCCGCCCACGCCCCGAUCGGCUCCAGCAUCCUCAAGAGACUCGGCAUCGACGAGAGCGUCGACUACACCAAGCCCCUAGUCGACCCGCAGACCAUGAACAUGCUGCGGAACUACCACCACCAGCAGGGCUACGGCCGCCGCGAGCGGAGUGGGAGCGAAUCUAGCUCGAUGUCGGAGCGGGGAGGCAGCAGGGUAGAGUCCCUGACCCCCGAUAGAAAGUUGGACUCCUACCACAUGACCCCCCGAACCACUCCCGACACCCGGGGCUCCCGGACGCCCGCCUCGGAGGACCGCCCCGCCGACGUCCGGAUAAAGAAGGAGGUCCCGGACGAGGAGGAGAGGGAGAACGGCGUCGACCUGAGCGGCGGGCCGGUCCGCGUGAAGACCGAGCUGGAGGAGGAGGACGAGCCCGCGCGGCCCGGCAGCUCCGCCGAGGAGGACGUCAAGCCGGCCCUCCCCAAGCGCGAGAGCGAGGGGCCCAGCCCCGUCCCCAGCCCCCGCAGCCCCGCGAGCGACCGCUCGGCCCCCACGCCCGGCGCGGACCGGAAGCCGGCGUCCAGCCUGGGCGCACUGUCUUCCAUGUUCGACAACCUGGCGGGCGGCUCGUCGGCCGCCGAGCCCGGCUCCUCCCGGCGCGGGGGCAGCCACCCCCUGGCGGCGCUCCAGAAGCUGUGCGACAAGACGGAGACGAGCUCCGCCCGCGCGCCUCCGCCCGCCCCCUCCCCCGCCGGCCCGCCCAGCAUCCUGACGUUCAGCUGGGCGUGCAACGACGCCGUGGUCACGGACUCCAUCAUGAAGUGCGCGCUGUGCGACACGCCGUUCAUCUCGAAGGGCGCGUACCGGCACCACCUGUCCAAGAUGCACUUUGUGAAGGACGGCGCCCUGCCGGAGCCGGUGCCGAUGAAGGCGCCGCCGACGGCGUCGUCGCCGGGCACGCACAAGAGCGGGGGCUCCGCCGCCGCUUCCCCGCAGGACCCGCGGAGCCCCUCGCAGCCGUUCGACGAGAGCCCCCACUCCAAGUUUCUGAAGUACACGGAGCUAGCGAAGCAAUUAUCGAGUAAAUACGUUUAAUCCGUCGGAGGUCGGGCGGGCUAUCAGAUGUGAUGAUACCAUAUCCUGCUACGUUGAAAGUUUAGGGUUAAGUCGCGACGCGACGUUAAGUAUUUCAAACUCUUUGCCAAUUUAAUUAAUUAGGUAAUCGUUAGAGAACACCGCCGAGCUCGGUUAGUGUAAUUAUCGACUAGCGACAUAAGUAUACGCCAAACGUCUUACGUUCGUUUAGAUGUAAGGAGAUAUUUUCGAAAUAUUGCCUUCGAGUAAAGGUUGUCGCGCGGUCCCCCAGGCCGCGGCUCAUCUUCCACUCUACGAUGUAAUUCCAUUUCGAUAAUUGUAAAUAUAAUUCACGUAAGUUUUAAAAAUUCGAUUCGAUCUCCUGUAAAUGUAUAUUUUUUGCUAAAUAUUGUAAGACGACUCGCUCGUUGUAAUCAUAUUGUAAUUCGCUAUCGUAAUCGACGGAGCGGCGUUCGGCUCCCGCGACUUGACAGGUUCGUCAGUAUUUUAAAAUUCGUUGCAAUAUUAAUUUUCGUGUUUCUUUAUUUUUAAUUCUUAUGUAAAUCUGAUUUAGUCGUAAAUCGUUUCUAGUUAGUUGUGUAUGUAUAUUUUGAAUCGUUUUUGUCGAGCCCCGUGGGUACCGUACGCUGUAAUCUCAGAGAUUCAAUCUCAGCUCGUUCGGCGCACCGUCAGUGACGCAAUAUAACGAACAUUUUAGUGUAAAUUCG